AUGGAAUUCAAUGGCAUUCGCGACCUUGAUUCCGAGAAGCAAAUAUGGUCAGACAAAGUGCUCCAUUUGGACCUCAUCCUCAUGGAUUCGAAGGGCAACGAUAUUUGGGUACAUAUCCCUCCUCUGUUGCAAGAGAAGUUCAAGCGAUUGCCAAAGGAACACCAUGUUUACGUCAUCAAGAACUUUGAUAUCAAUGCAACUUCAUUGACACACCGGCCUAUUUCCAAUCCGUACAUCAUGUUAUUCACUCGGAAGACGACUGUUGAACAUAUCACUGACAUUCCUUCCAUGCCUACCUUCAAGUUCACGUUCAUGAAAGCAAGUGAGAUGGCAAAUAAAGUGGAAGAAAAAACCAACAUCGCAGUUCAACAUUCGACUCCCAUCACUACAAGCAAUAUUGCCGGGAAGUCCACUCGAAAAGAGCUGCAACUGAAGUGGAUUGAGUAA